AUGGAACUUCAAGACGCUGUGGCCAUUGUGACUGGCGGCGCGCGGGGCUUUGGCCGCGCCUUUGCCGACAAGAUCCUGGCUGCACGUGGCAAAGUCUUGAUCACGGACGUCGACGUCCAGGAACUGCGAGCGACGGGCGAGGCCCUGCAGGCCCAAUACGGCGAGAAGAACGUGUGCUGGCGCUUCCAGGACGUCACGGAGAAGGACAGCUUCUCGCAGGCGUUUGCCUACGCCAGCGAGUACUUCCACGAGCCUGUGAACGUGCUGGUGAACAAUGCUGGAGUUUUCAGCGCCAUGUCGUUCUACGAGCACGAGAGCACGUACUGGGAGACUGUCGUCGACAUUGAUCUGAUCGCACCGAUUCGGGGCACCAGGUGCGCGAUCGCGGAGUUCAAGCGCACACUCAAUGGUAAAGAAGGUGUCGUCGUCAAUGUUGCCAGCAUGGCUGGGCUCGUCCAUGUGCCGUUUGGACCGGACUAUGCUGCAGCCAAACAUGGCGUCGUGGGCUUGACGCGGUCGCUGUAUACGCUCCAGAAGUCGGACAACAUUCGCUGCUUUUGUAUGUGCCCGGGAUUCGCCGAUACGGACAUGGGCCGCAACGCUGAAGAGACGGUCCCAGAGUACACCAGUAUCAUGGGCGGUCUCUUGCCGGUCCAAGUCAUCGUGGACGCCUUUGUUGCUGGCCUGCGAGAGCCUGAUAAUGCCGGUCGCGUGCAGUGUAUCAUGCACGAUGGUAUCAUGUAUCACUCCUUUCCUACCGACAAGGUACUGUCCCCCACUCCAGAUUGUGAGUAG